AUGUCAUCAGCAUCAGCAUCGGAAGCUGAACCACUGAGUUCAGACAAGGUGUUAGAAUGGUCACUUAAAGAUAAAAAGCGUCUCCUACAUGCUGUUUAUCGAGUUGGAGAUCUAGAUCGCACAAUAAAGUAUGCUUCACUUGUGAAUACAUUUUUGAACGUUAUUUGAAGUUAUGCAUCAUUGAUAACGUCAUAACAUGGUUAAUUCAUGAAUAUUCGGUUUUUUAGGUUCUAUACGGAAUGCUUUGGGAUGAAUCUACUCAGGAAAAGGGAUAUUCCAGAAGAAAAAUAUUCAAAUGCGUUUCUUGGGUUUGGGCCUGAAGAUUCUCAUUUUGUGGUUGAGUUGACCUACAGUACGUCUAUUCCUCUCUGCUGACUUCGAAUUGUGUUUAUAUCUCCGCAUUUUAUUGGCUGAAAAUUAAUUUAUAUUUAUUUAUUGAAUUAUUGAAUUGUGUUCCAUAUAAUUCUGAAAAACUAGUUUUCUUGAAGCCUCUUGCUCGUAUCUCUCAUCAAAAGUGGCUAUUCUAGAAUGUCUGUUUAAAAGAUCUUCCCUUAAGCCACGUGAACAUUCAAAUAUGUCCCCCAUUCAUUCGUGAGGUACUCCUUAAGGGUUGAAGACAGUAUCAACCGGGGUUCCAUCUUGUAAAUAGGACAUAUCUUGUCUAGGGAAAAAAUAAGUGAUUAAUCUGCUUCUAUGAUGCAAAAUCCGGAAGCAAUCAUAAUUAUUAUUAUCUUUUAUAGAUAAAAAAGUUCAUCUUAUGGUACUAUUUGAUGUAGAAUACUAGGCAAUUAAGACUGCUUGGAAAAGUAAUGGCAUGUAUCAUGUCUUGUUUGUGAAAUUUUGCUUGGGGUAGCGAGCUGGAAAGAAACGAAUGUUUACAUUAACCGUAGUAACUAAUUUUUUCGUUGAUACAUGUCAACGAAUGCUUAAAUACUGGAACUAGAGGGUGAACCGGGAAGUUCUGGGAAUCAAGAUCCACAUACUAUUUUUUCUUUGUUUGGCAUGUAAAUUGAGAUCAGUUCUGCUGAGCCUGAAAGCCUGAACUGCUUUGUUGGGUUGAGUAAGGAAAAACGGAAACUUUUCCAUGUCUUGUCAUUAUGUCGGGUUCACUCAGCAAUCAUUAUUAUAUUAUUGGCAUAGUUCUGUAUUAUUGCCUUUGAUAGUCUGUUAAUUACACCUGCUGGGAUUCUGUUAGCCUCUCUGAGGCUUUUUCUUGGGACACAUUAGAAGCCAUAUUAUAUCCAAGUUGGCAAUUAAUGAUUGUUGUACCUAAAUCUCUUCAAGAUAUUAUGAAUUUAAGACCUGUAGCCAUACCUAUCGAUCGUCGUUCUGCAGGUUACGCUUCAAAGCAAUCAGACUAUAUCUAGUGAGAGUUCAUUUCUUAUCACAGUUGGAAAACGGGAAGCUUAUUUUGGUUUUCAUAGUCGCCAUUUUAGUCUUUGCAUCGUUCAGUAUGUCUCUCGCUUGCAUAAAUAUGGAUGUUGUGAUACAGCAUCUUCCUAUUAAUAGGGAAUAUAUCCCAGAUUUGAGAUUUGGUCAUCUAAUUAAAGUGAAAUUACGUACUUGUAAUGAAUCCUGUAUGCAAACAUAGUGUCUGUUAGUUAAUUUUUUCUAUAAUCAUGAAUCUGUAUUUUCUUCAGGAACUAUUUUUUUAAGCGUAAUUCGAAUGGAUCUGUUUUCAAACAGUUUUACUCACACUCAGCUAUAUUUAACAGAUUACGGUGUGGAUAAAUAUGAUAUUGGCACAGGCUUUGGACAUUUUGCUAUCGCCACUGAAGAUGUCAGUUUUUCUCCCGUCAAGAUCUGAUAGUUAUUUUUAUCUAUUUUUAAAUCGGGUUUUGACGUUUCAUCGUUAAACAUGGUUUGGGCUCAAGGCUUACAAGUUCGUCGAGAACGUCAGGGAGAAGGGCGGGAAAAUAACACGUGAACCUGGUCCAGUGAAAGGAGGGACCAGUGUAAUUGCCUUUGUUCAGGAUCCUGAUGGUUACCUGUUUGAGAUCAUCCAAAGAGGUCCCACACCUGAACCUCUAUGCCAGGUUAUGCUUCGUGUGGGUGACCUUGACAGGUCUAUCAAGUUUUAUGAGAAGGUACUGUGCCUAUGGAUUGGAAUUAAUCACCAUAUUUUCCCUAGUUGCUUUUAAUUGCUUGAAAAGACUUUUGAAAUUUCUCUCCUGGCAUGAUAUGAAUUACUCAUCUUAUAUAUCUUAAUUUCUUACUGCCAGAGUCUGUGAUAUCCACUUCACAUACCAUCUGUUCAGUUGACAUGGCACAAAAAUCAGCCCCAGUCAUGUUGAUAAGCCUCAUUAAUCGGCGUUUUCUGUGUAGAUUCAUAGUUAUUUGCCUGGGCUACUGGGUGAUUUUAUCUGGUAGUGGUAUGGGCAUUGUUACUCAAAAGUCGCCAAUGUGUAUGUAAUAUGUAUUCUUCUGCCUUGUCGUUUUGGCAAUUUUUUUCUUGAUUUUCUGGGUAUGAGGCCCCGCGUCAAAUAUGUUUUUGUUGGAUUGUUUGCAGGCUUGCGGUAUGAAGUUAUUGAGGAAGGUUGACCGGCCUGCUCAUAAGGUCAAUUCCCCUUUUUUUUAUUCAAUCAUCAUGAUUAGUUUCUUGUCUAUUCUCUGUGAUGGAUGUAUGCUCGGCCUUACUUAUCACGAGUUCACGGUAUCAUGCAGUACACGAUCGCCAUGCUGGGCUACGCUGAUGAACACGACACGACCGUCCUGGAGUUGACUUAUAACUAUGACGUCACUGAGUAUACCAAGGGAAAUGCAUACGCACAGGUUAGAUAGCUCCUCUCGCCACGCUUACUUCGUCCUCGUCCCUCGUGUUUUCAUUUUAUAUUGUGCACUCUUUUUCCACUUCUAGGUCGCUAUCAGCACUGAAGACGUUUAUAAAAGUGCCGAGGCUGUCAAGCUUGUCACCCAAGAGCUGGGAGGGAAGAUCACCCGGCAGCCCGGACCGAUUCCAGGAAUCAACACCAAGAUCACGUCUUUCCUCGACCCAGAUGGCUGGAAAGUGGUCAGUCCUCCUCUCUCAUCACUAUACUCGCACCGAUUUGGAUCUUGCUAUCUUUCUAUCCUUAGCUUUAGCCACAGAUUAUAUCAUAUAAGCUCCCACAUGCUCCCCCUUUUCUUCCCAGAAAGGUGUUGGGAGGCACUCCAUUACAAUCUAAUAAUAGCAAGGCAUAAGCAAGAGGGGGGGGGGAGUAGGGAGAGGGUCUCUCUCUCUCUCUCUCUCUCUCUCUCUCUCUCUCUCUCUCUAUCUCAUAUUUCUGGGAAACCCACUCUGGCCUUACACAUGUCUUUCUCUCCCCUUCCAUUCUAUCAGCAGAGAUGAUAGGAGGGCAAGGUUAUAUUCCUUCUAUAAUUAUAUUGCAAAGGCUGCUCGAAAUUGUUCGGAGCUCAUCCCCCCUGUGCAUAUUCUUACAGGUCUUGGUUGACAACACCGAUUUCCUCAAGGAGCUGGAGCUGGUCUAG